AAAAGCGGAGACUGGAAGACAUCAUUUCUCUCUCAGCGUCUUUGGACUAGCAACCGAAGGCAAAGAGCCAAGAAAUAAAAAACAUUUUUUUCUGAACAGGAGUAUUAUUUACAUUAAUUCACCAAAUUAACCAUGGCCGACACAGCUGUUGACACGACCGCAACUGCAGAGGUUACAGCCAAGGAGCUGAAAGAGAAGAAAGAAGUAGAAGUUGAGAAGAAGAAGGAGGAGGAGGAGAAGACCGACAACGGGGACGCACCUGCCAAUGGCACAAAUGGUGCUGAUCACAGUGACAAAGUGGAAGAACCCACAGAGGAGAAACACAAGAAUGGAGAUGAGAAUGCAGAGGAGGUGCCCCCUGCUGGGGAGACUGACGCUCAGCCUGCCAAGCGUGCAGCUGAAGAGGAGGAGGAAAAGGUGGAGACAAAAAAGCAGAAGACAGAGGAAAAUGGAGAUUCAAAAGAGGCAGAUUCAAAAGAGGCAGAAGUGGAGGCUUAGGUCUCUGCCCUGCUUCUUGUUUGCAGCACUGUCUGAUCAGCCUGGUCAACAUUGUGUUGUAGAGCUUGUGCUUUCUGUACCUUCUGAGAAAUUUCUUUUUGUUUGCUCCCAUGUCACAUUGCACUGGAGUCCUGAAACAUAGUGGCCCUGCAUCCUUUUUUAUGAAAUAUUAUUUAUUGGUCUUUAAAAUGAGUAUUUUUUUUUUUACUUGUACAAAUAGGGCCACACCAUGAGAUCGUUUUUUUCAUUUAAGGUUUUGUACCAGUAUGCUAGAAGCACAAUCUCUAUUAAUGCCAGUGCUGACCAGAUGAUUCAUUCACAUAGGCAGCUGCUCACCCACUCAAAGGCUCAUGUUGACCUCUCAGAUUCACUUAAAGGACCAAAGAUAAGUUUUAAGCAGGGGCUAAUGGACAGUUGUUAGCAUAAUUAGUUGAGGCAUGAUUUUUUUUAUGUUGAGCUGCUACUUAAUCCUUGGAUUGGCUGCCCUGUUAACAUGACAAAUGGUGCAAAUAAAGGGGCACUGUCUUGCGCCUCCAUGAUAAGGUAGCUUGAUCUUAUGGAGGCAGGAUUUUGCAAUGUUGAUUAACCCCUCUUAAAUCUUAAAUCUUUGGUCAUUUGUUCUGUAUGCAUUCCACGCAAGUUUGUACCAUUUAUACUUUGUUUUUCUUACAUUGUCAAUGAGUUUUAUGUUAUGGCUGGGUAGCCCAGUUUUGAGUCCCAAGACUGCCUUUUUCAGAACCAGAAUGACAUUUGGUUACUUCAGCCACUGCUUUGUAUAUUCUGAUUAACAAAUAAAAUGUCUUUUUACUUAAGUAUA